AUGCUUCCCGGUCUAUUCGUUUUCCUCUCUCUGACUGGGUUGGCCGUGUGCCAGAGCACCACGUCGGGAACUGGUUCUUACUGUAAGACCCAGUCCAGAAGCGGUGAGUUUCCGUUUAGGCACGACAAAUACUUCUUUGUCUCUGUCCAGAAUGCUUCUUGGGAACAUGCCCCUCUGGUUUCGAGUGCAUCGGAAACGAGUGCUGCUCGGAAGCCGAUGUCGUCCAGCCGGGAGGCGAUUGCACCGACUAUCUGUCCGACUGCUCCAACGUCGACUGCAAUGCCAUCGGAAUGCAAGACUUCGCGAGAGCCAACUGCGCAAGAACGUGCAACCUGUGCUACAGCACUGCUUCCGUCAGCCCUCGUGAGCGAUUCCUUCGUAGUUCCCCUCUUGAUUACCACUUCAGAAUACGCAUGCACCGACCUGCUCACUGACUGCGCCAAUCGUACUUCCUCCUGCCAAGACAUUGACUUUGUCGACAUGAUGGCUCUCUAUUGUCCCCGAACUUGCUCCCUCUGUCUCUGGUCAGCCGCCACCAAGAUUUCCAACUGUGGAAAUCAGCUGCCCGAGUAACCUCACCUCUCCUUUUCCGUUUUCCUACUACUUUAUUUUGCAGCUGCUCGACACGUGGCAACUACUGCUCCGCCACCAGCAUUUCGGCCUAUCAGAAGCGUGUCGGAUGUGGCAACUACUGUGGUUUGUGCACGACCGCGGCGACAACUGCUCAGUCGCAGGUGCUCCCGUCGACAAACAGCAACGGAUUCCUCUUUUUCGGCAGAAAGUGA